AUGGGCUCUGUAGUCAAGUCGAGCUUAUGGUUCUACAACGAAUUCGGCGUCAAGUCGAUAUACCACACUGGUCGAAAUGCAUACCUCAUUAUUCUGGCGAGAACAUGUCGCAUGGUCGCGUAUGGCAGCAGUUCGUUGGCUCUGGCGCUCUUCUUCGCCGAGCUCAAGUUCUCAGAUCAACGGAUUGGGAUAUUCAUGACACUAACACUUGUCGGUGAUGUCGUACUGGGGAUCAUUCUCACAAUGAUCGCAGAUCGCAUUGGAAGACGGAAGAUCAUUCUUAGUGGCUCGUUGCUCAUGGUCAUGAGCGGAGCCGUAUUCGUGUGGUUUGAAAACUUCUGGAUCCUGCUUGCUGCGGCAGUGAUUGGUGUCAUCAGCACAUCGGGAGGAGACUUCGGACCGUUUCGAGCGAUCGAAGAAUCGAUGCUCUCUCAAUUGACGACGCCGACCUCACGAGCCGAUGUCCUAAGCUGGUACAUCACUCUCUCCACUCUGGGGUCGAGUUUGGGCAGUGAAGUCACUGGACGAAUGCUGGAGUAUUUACGCAACCUGGAGGGUUGGAAGCUAACCGACGCGUACCACGCCCUGUUCCUCUCAUAUGUGAUCAUGGGCCUGCUGAACGCCGUCCUGAUCUUCUUCUUGACGAAAGAAUGCGAAGCCGAGCAGGAGCCAGAGCAGCAAUAUUCGCAACUUGGCCAGCAUGAAGAUGACAAUCCAAGCAGCGCCGCACCAGGACGAAUCGAGGGACUUAACCGCAUUGCUGAGCCCAUAGGUGACACGUCCCAGCAGAAUACUUGGUGGUCCUAUGUCACAAGUUUCCUAGCAGACAUUUCGCGAGAGACCUUGGUCAUAUGCUACAAAUUGUGGGCACUCCUAGCACUCGACUCUCUCGCCGACGGCAUGGUCCCAUACAGCUUCGCGAACUACUAUGUCGACAUCAAAUUCAAACCUUCCAAGACAACGCUGGGCGAUAUGACGUCGAUCGCAUAUCUGCUCUCGACGGUCGGGACAAUAUUUGCAGGUCCAUUAGCGCGAAAGAUUGGUUUGAUCAACACCAUGGUCUUCACCCACGUGCCUUCGUCAGCGGCGGUGUUAUGCUUCCCUUUUCCGGACGCCUUGUGGUUCACAAUUCUUCUGCUAUUCGUGAGGUCGGGACUGAACAAUAUGGACCAAGCGCCGCGCACGGCGUUCAUCGCCGCAGUGGUGAAGCCUUCGGAGAGGACUGCCGUCAUGGGAAUCACGACUAUCGUUCGCACCCUUGGCGCAACCGCCGGACCAACAAUUACUGGAUUUCUCGCGGGAAGCGACCGCUUCUGGGUGGCAUUUGUCGCUGCAGGAGUCUGUCGACUUUCGUAUGACUUUGGCCUCUACGCCAUGUUUGUCAAUAUGAAGCUGUACAGUCACGAAACCAACUACCAGGCGACUUCCACGCGCGAGGACGUCGAGCGAGAUGCUGUUGAGGAAUAUGAAGCUGAUGGUGUUGUUGAAGAUCAAGCGAAGAAGCAAACAGGUCGUUGA